AUGUCGCCCCUCAUGGAUCAACUGCUGUAUGAAAUUGUGGCGAUGAAGGUUUUCACACCAGGAGAAUCAGAAUUUUCGAACCCAAUGUCUGUGCAGCGGUGGCUGCGGAAGGAGGUUUUGGUGCCCUUGAGACGAGCCUUGUCACCAGCCAGCCAAGAAGGUGCCACUGCCAACAAGUGGGGUUAUGAUCAACGCCUGGUGUACUGCCGAGAGCCGGAUACCUCUGUCUCUGUGGUUCACAAGUAUAUGGUGGCGCUGAGAACAGCCAUUACUGCAGCCGAGUCAAAGUCCGAGUCUGUGUCCGAGAGCAUGAUUGAGGCCGGUGCUGUGCUUCCACACGGGAUCGCACUCUGCGCCGUGGAGUAUAAUGGUCUUUACGAGCAAGCAGCUGAGCUUCAGUGGAAGAGAAUGACGGAGGACGUGUAUAAAAAGCAGGGGAGGCUGAACAACUGCUUGGCUGUGUGUGACGCGGGGGCGUCGGUGUCGGUGGCUCUGGAGUUGUUUGUGUCUCAACUGAGCCAAGGGCACUGUUUGGAGGAGUGUGAGGACUGGGAGGUUGAUCCGGGGAAGGUGUUUGAUUUGAUUCUUGAAGCGGCGGUCAAUGAGAAUGUGAAAGCAGAGAAGAUGGUGAGGAAAGUGUUUGUGUUCACCUUCUUUAAACAGUUCAGCGACGGCUGCUGGAAGCCUCGCGGCGGGGAUUAUGAGGAAAUCCAGAGGAAGUUUAAGGAGAAGGGGUAUGCCGUGCCGCACUUGGUGAUUUGGAAUCUCAUAAGUGUGGGGUAUGCGCCAUGGCGUACUGAAGAGCCAGGGGUGACGUUGUUGGGUGGCUUCUCGGAGGCCAUGCUCAAGUGCUUCUUGGACAAUGACGGCCAACUUGACCCCGACCAGGUCAUGGAAUUAGACAUCUCCGGCCAAGGCUAUCAAACUCUGGCUGUCUUCGACUGA